GUCUAAAAAUAAAGGACAUCUUCCAGCACAGAGCUGCUGCAGAAAACCAUCUCAGGCAAGUCCGACUCACACGAUAGCCACACAUGAUGUGAUGCUGGAGACACUGAGGACGGGGCGUGGCCAGAGGGAUGAUUGAUCCCCUGAUGCAGCAGCUUCUGAAAGGGAAUACCUUGGCUUGCAGAAGGACUGGAAAUGAAGUCAUUAGCAGCAGCUGGCUCCCCGGUAGGCUGCCUCUUUCUGCUCUUACAACCCUUUUCUCCGCAUGUUCGCGCUGUUGAUCACUCUACCUCCGUCCACUCUGCUGAGAUGCUUGUAGAUGGAUGAUGGGAUCUGCAGAGGCUUUAUAUAUUAUACCAUAAACAAGGACCUGCUGCAAAAAUGAAUAAAAUCAACCAUCAACAAACGGCCAAUAAUGUUGAGACGCAGUCUGUGGAGAGGAUGAAGGCUAAGGAUCCACCAACUCCAUCCAAGAAGCCUAAAUCUCCCAAGCCUCAAAAUGCGGUCACCAUCGCUGUGUCGUCUCGGGCGCUCUUCAACAUGGAGUUUGAGCAGCAGAUUUUCGAGCAGAAGGGAAUGGAGGAAUAUCUGAAAUACCAGCUCGAUCAUGAAACAGAGCCGUUUGCACCAGGACCUGCUUUCCCUUUCAUUAAGGCUCUGGAAUCGGUCAAUGAGCAGCUGAGAAACCUCUACCCCGACAGUGAAGAGCUCUUUGAUGUGGUUCUGAUGACCAACAACCACGCGCAUGCUGGAAUUAGGCUCAUCAACUCAAUCAAUCACCACAAUCUGUUCGUGGAACGCUUCUGUAUGACCGGCGGUAACAGUCCAAUUGGGUAUCUGAAAGCGUACCACACUAACCUGUAUCUGUCUGCUGAUUCAUCGAAAGUGAGAGAGGCCAUAGAGGAAGGGAUUGCUGCAGCCACCAUGUUUUCAGCAGAGAAAGUCACGCAAGUCUCAGAGACACAGUUGCGAGUGGCCUUUGAUGGAGAUGCAGUGCUUUUCUCAGAUGAGUCAGAGAGAAUAUACAAAACCCAGGGCCUGGAAAAAUUCUUUGAACAUGAAAAGACCUAUGAAAACAAGCCCCUUGAUCAUGGACCACUUAAAGGAUUUUUGGAAGCUCUGGGAAAACUGCAGAGGAAGUUCUAUGCCAAAGGCCACCGUAUAGACUGUCCCAUCCGCACUUAUCUGGUGACGGCUCGGAGUGCAGCCAGUUCAGGUUCCCGGGCGCUGAAGACCCUCCGGGCUUGGGGUCUUGAAACAGAUGAGGCCCUUUUUCUGGCUGGAGCACCAAAAGGCCCAAUGCUAGCUAAGAUCAAGCCCCAUAUUUUUUUCGAUGAUCAGAUGUUCCAUAUAGAAGGAGCUGCAGAGCUGGGCACUGUGGCCGCUCAUGUUCCAUAUGGAAUUGCCCAAAAGAUGCCACCAAAGAAAACAAAGGACACUUGACUCAUUCAAGAUUGAUUUACUUCCCAAAUUAAAAUGAAUAUAAUUAAGUUACUUAUGGAUUGUUUUCAGUUGAUCAGAAAAAUAUCUCUUAUAAACUGUGGUGUUGAAUCUAGCCCUCUGGACUGAAUGUGGUAAACUUGGGUUUGAACUGAUAUUUUAGUAAUAUUUAGCAGAAAUUGACUGAUCUAUCGUUCCCAUUGCUUGUACCUAGACCUUUCUUAAGCCAUAUUUACUGUGUAUUCUAAUGGUUUACUAAAUACAUUGAGCCUAUUAUGCUUACUAAGGGCUUAGAAUGGCAGUACACAGUCUUCAGGUACUACAAAAAAAGAACAAAACACUGUGCCUCUCUUUUUUUUUUUUUUUUACAAAAAAGUCAAUAAUGCCUGCAUUAGAAGUGUGGAUUGCUGACACAGGAUCAAAAUAACUCAUUUCAAACAGUUCCCAGUGGCACCCUCAAAUAGAAUCCCUAACAGUUUGUCUUUGUUAAGCAGUGUUGGUUUGAUGAAUUAAUGUGUGUGAUGUGUAAAGCUGCUUUCCUCAUAUCCUCAUGUCAUUUAAGUUAUUAUAAAAUGGUGUUUUGGGUCAUUGUGAAAAGCAUGAGAGUCUAUUUUUGCACGUUUUCAUGCUAUAGUCCUUUACUAUAUGUGUCAGCUGUCUGUCAACCGUUUUAUGUGUGAGAUAUAUUAUAUUGUUGUUUUCAGCAUACCACAUGGUGUGACACCAGUUUAAUCUAUUCGGUACAUGGCAGGUCACUUUUUUCCUAAAUAUAUAUUCAAAUAAAUGCAUAAGUGAAUGUAUUUUUUUUUAUGUGUAAAGAAUAAUUUACUUACUUAUUAUUUAUUAUUAUGACUUCUGUAACCCCAGGGUUGCACAACAGUGAAAAACUACUAUUUCAUA